AUGCUUAAAUGUUACAAAGUAGCUCCAAAAGAUACAAAGGCUGAUUUAAAACGUUGUUUAAAAGAAAGAAGUAUAUACAAAGUUGAUUACAAAGAUAAUGUAAGUUAUAGAAACGCAGCUAAGUGGAGAAGGAAAACAACGCAAAAUAAUACAAUGAGUUCUGCAGUAGCAACUAAUGAGCGACGAAUCAUUACUUCUGCUAUCGCGACUUUGAUCUUCAAAGAUCAAAAUUAUUUAGAAAAUGGCAUUGCAUUUGAUGAACUAGUCAAAGUGGCUGCUUCCCAAGAGCCAAGGAAUUAUUCUAAAAAACAACUUGAGUCAAUAAUCAAUAAAGAAUUGUCAUUGGGUAGUUUGGUAAAGCUGCCUAAUGGAGCAUUAGCUUUGGGUCCUGCAGAUCAUGAUGCUGAUAGCUCGGACAGCUUUAAAUUUGAAUAUCAUGACAAUAAUACAAAAAUGACAUCAUCAGCUAAUUCCUCAUGCAGAUCAUCUCCACAGCGCAGUCGAGGUCGUCCCAGAAAGAGGCCAGGAGAGCCUACAAGUAGUGCUAACUCAAAUUCAAAACAAAGCUCCGGUGUACGAGUUGGUGAAAGACGAAAAAUGGCAAAGAAAGUUUUUGAUCCAUCUGAUAAUAAUGUGCCAAGUAAACGAAAGAGGGGUAGACCAGUUGGUUCUUUAAAUAAAAGUACUAUUAAGAAAAGGAUGAUGAUAGCUGGAAAAGUUGAUAAGGAAGGCACACCCCUAUCUGAAAGCCAGCAGUCUUUAGAGGGAAGUGGUGAAGAAAUGGAAGAAGAGCAACCUCAUGAGACAACCACCCGCUCAAGUGGUAUUUGUUCUGUCUGUUUGGUCCAAAAGUCGCGUGGUUCUAAUGACCGUCUUGUCGAGUGUAGAGACUGUAAUAAUAAAGCUCAUUUAAGCUGUCUCCAGUCUGGUUCCGGUAUUCUAAAGCCACGUCCAGACAACACAUGGCAAUGUCCACAUUGCAAGACAUGUGUUGUGUGCUGUGAGACUAAUGAUGCUGGUAUAUUAACAGUGUGUAGUAUAUGUUCAGAUGCCUACCAUUCUCUUUGUCAUUCCCCAAGAAUACCAGAAAGACUGAAAGCCUGGGAUCAAUGGGAGUGUACAAACUGUUUAGAAUCACGACCUUCAUUUGUUGUAUCACCGCCCAUUGUACCAAAUAACAUAGACUGUAAUGCAAAAACCUCACCAAGCAUUGAUCCAUUUUUAAAGCCCCACGAAAUUGAUAGGGCUGCUGCGAAGAUAGCUGAAGAUGUACCAAUAGACACAAGUAUACCGGAUAUAUCAAGUUGGAGUGUUGAUGAUGUGUAUGAUUAUUUUAUGGAGCAUCUAUCAGAGGCUGCUCCCAUAUUGAGAGAUCAGGAGUUUGAUGGACAAGCUUUGAGUAUGGCUCGCCGAGCAGACAUAGUUAGGGGCCUCGGACUCCCAUUAGGACCUGCCCUAGCAUUAUAUCGAAUCAUAGUUAGGUUGCAAACGAGAAAAGAUGACUGGAGGAUGUGUUGGGGCUAG